GAAAAUAUGAGUUACUGCAACAAGAAGGAGCAGAGAGGGGCGCUAUAAAUACGAAUAUGUAAGCACUUGCCUACACAAGACCUGUUUCGUUUUUUUUGGCUAAAAAUACAAAAUGUUUUUGCCAUUGUUCAUUUUGGUUUGUUUGUACACCGUUGUGUAUGCAGCAUCUCCAAAUUAUUUUCCUGAAUAUCGAGGACAACAGAAUAAUUUUGCACCAGGAAAGAACGUCGUGCCUAUUCUCUCAGAAUCAAACGAAUCCAAUCCUGAUGGCUCAUUUUCAUACAGCUACUCUACGGGGGACGGUCAACAAGUUCAAGCCCAAGGAUACCUGAAAAACACCGGAGUCAAAGGCUCCGAAGCCGAAGUCAUCCAAGGAUCCUAUUCGUAUACGGCACCGGACGGCACCCCCAUUACAGUGACUUACAUCGCCGACGAAUUCGGAUUUCGGGCUGAAGGGGCGCAUUUACCAACACCGCCGCCGAUUCCUGAAGCCAUCCAGAAAUCGCUGGAGCUCAUUGCCCAAGCGCAAGGACGAUCGUCGGGCGAUCGGCCGAUUUAUCCACAGCAAAGGCCGUACAGAUCUAAUUACAGAUCGCAAUACCGAAGGGCUUUCGCGUAUGAUCAGUAAAAUAAUUUUGCUUGUUUUAUUUGUACUUAAAUGUAAAUAUUAUUGUAGUCGACCAGUGGAUAUGCAGGUAUUAUAAAAUAAUAAAAAUGGAA